UCUCAAUUAUUAUAAAAAACUUCCCCCUAUUUGCUAAGACACAUAUAUUUUUUUAAUUUGGCACAAAAAAUUAGGUACAAGUUUUUUGGGUUUGGGUUUGGGUUUGGGAGAGAUAUGGGAAGGCACUCUUGCUGUUACAAGCAGAAGCUGAGGAAAGGGCUUUGGUCUCCUGAAGAAGAUGAGAAGCUCCUUAAUUACAUCACUAAACAUGGCCAUGGCUGCUGGAGUUCUGUCCCUAAACUUGCAGGCUUGCAAAGGUGUGGCAAAAGUUGCAGACUCAGAUGGAUCAAUUACCUUAGACCAGAUUUGAAGAGAGGUCCCUUCUCCCAACAAGAAGAAGACUUAAUCAUUGAACUCCAUUCAGUCCUAGGCAACAGAUGGUCUCAAAUAGCAGUUCAGCUGCCGGGAAGAACAGACAAUGAGAUAAAGAACUUAUGGAACUCGUGCAUUAAAAAGAAGCUGAAGCAAAAAGGCAUCGAUCCCAACACUCACAAGCCUCUCUCCAACCUACAAAUCGACAACGACAAUAACAACACUAUCCAAUCGAAUGAUCAAAAAAACCACGAAAAUAAAGCUUCCCCCAUUGAAGUAGUUCCUAACAAUACUACUGCAACAACAGCAACAUCAACAAAACCAAUUGAAAGUUCCGACAUGUCGUCCAGCUCUUGCAACUUCUCUUUCCACCAGGUGAACGACGGAUCGGAUCACAUGGGUGGCCUCCCCAUAAUCCCAAAUAGUAGUAAUGCCACCCCUUUUGAGGCCAUUUCCAGUUUGUUUUUCCCCACUCCCAAUUCAUGUGCUGCCCAUCCUCGAGUGAGGCCUUCAUUUAGUGUGGUUCCUUCUGAGAAUCCUCCUGUAGGAGCCCAUAAUACUACCAACUCUGCCUUCCUAUGGCAGCCCGAUGAGUUGCUUCAAACGGCCUCGGAUCUUAUGAUGAGAAACGAUUGGCCUCAUCAUCAAAUCAAUCACCGCCAACACAUUACGACUCUUCAGACAGAGUUGUUAGGGCAACAGACUUUUCCGUAAUUACCACAACAGUUACUAUAUUAUCGACCUCGGGCCUAAAUCUAUUACUGGAGAUGUUGUCCUCAUUUAUAUACUGCAGUUUGACGAGAAUUAUAUUCGUAAGAAAUCUUUGGAGAGAAGGUAACUUUUCAAAACAGCCCAAGCCUUGAAUUAAGUCUUUUUGAAGCUUUUGAUUCCUAGAGAAAGAAAAAGAUACGACACUACUCAAAUUCAUAUUGGGAAGUACGUACGAGCCAAACAUGAGCCACUUCUUUUUUAAGGUGUGUGAGCUCCAUCUCUAUAGAAACUUAUUCUG